AUGGAAUUAUCUGAUCCCGCAACCCCCGAAAGCAGCACGCCGGAAGCCUCGCUCCGCCGACGGUCCGGACGCGUCGUGAAGCAACCCCAACGACUGAGCGCAUCGCAAGCUGCCAAGCAGGCAGGACGGGCAAAGCGCAAGCGCACGGAGCGCGAAGGAGGUGACGAAAUUGAAGAGGAUGGCACCGAGCCAUCCGAGGAUGAGAGCGACGAGAGCGAUGAGGUGGAAUCGGAGCCCGACGAGGAAGAACUCAAGGAGCGCAGGAGAGCAAAAGCUAGAAGCAAGAAGGCUGCGGCGGCGGCUAAACCGGCGGCGAAGAAACCAAAGACCACCAACGGUGUAGGCCCGAGCCUCGCCAUGCGGCCGGCACCGAAAGGGAUUCGAAAACCCCGAAAACCCAGAGCGAGGGCGCUUGCCAUUAACGAUGACGAGGCCGAGGGACUUUAUGCGGAGGUCUUUGCGCGCGGUCAUACAGUAGAUGCCGUUACCGCGGAAUGGCUUUCACAAUACGAGCAGCAUAAUUCGAACGCUGUACGAGACCUCGUCAACUUUGUCCUGAAAUGCUCGGGCUGCAACCUCCAGGUUGAUGAGCACGAUAUUGAGGACCCAGACAACGUUGCAAGCAGACUGGACGAUCUCCAGGAGGAGUACCAAUCGCAAUCGAUUACCGAAUAUCCUCUCAUCUCCAAAGCCAAAGGCCAUUCUUCCUUCCGUUCCAUGCUCACCGACUUUUUUGGUACCUUGAUUGCUACCCUCCAUGCGUCGUCAACCCUCUACACCGAUGCUACGCUCAUGGAGAAUAUUCAAGUGUGGAUAGGCUCCAUGUCCUCUUCCGCGAUACGGCCCUUCCGGCAUACUGCUACGGUUGUCUCGCUUUCUAUUGUCAGCGCACUCUGCGAGAUUGCGCGAGGCAUUGUGGAGAACACCGCCAAGACUUUGCGACAGCAGGAGGGUGAAAAGAAAAAGGGCAGAGUAAACAAAGGUCGGGUGACUGCUCUACAAGAGAAGAUGGACGAAAGCGGCAAAAAGCGAGACGUUCUUGAAGGUCUCAUCAAGGAUAUUUUUGACACAGUCUUUGUUCAUCGAUACCGCGACGUCGAUCCGAGGAUAAGAACAGACUGCGUUCAAGCACUAGGUUACUGGAUUCUCAUCUUUCCCGAUCUUUUCUUCGAGGGUCAGUAUCUACGUUACCUAGGAUGGCUGCUCUCAGACAUUGCAGCGCCUACCCGCGCCGAGGUUGUGAAGCAGUUGCAGAAAAUAUUCAGGGUCAAGGACAACAUAGCCGGGCUGCGCACAUUCACCGACCGCUUCCGUCCGCGUUUGGUCGAAAUGGCCACACGAGAUGCAGAUGCCGGUGUGCGUGCGUCCGCAGUGGAGUUACUCGACACCAUUCGCGAAGCGGGCAUGCUGGAACCCGACGACAUUGACACGAUCGGACGACUCAUCUUCGAUUCAGAAGGCCGAGUGCGCAAAGCCGUGGUAAACUUCUUCUCAGAAAAUAUCAAUGAUUUGUGCGACUCGAGAAUUGACGACCUUGGCGGCAAAGAAACUCUCGAAGAAGCUCUAGCUCACGACGAUGAGGAUUACGAGAGCCCGCAAAUUCCCUGGGUGAAACUAAAAUGCCUGGCAGAAGUGCUCAAGCUCUACGACUCGGACAAUGACGGAAACGAGCGCUCACGAAGGCACAACGGCGCGGUAGAUAUCCUUGUCGCCGGUGCUACGGAAUCACGAUUCUCACUGGCUGCUCACGCAUUAUGCGAGAAAAUGCCUGAGCUGCAAAAAUGGGAGAUUCUCGCGGGCUAUGUACUCUUCGACCACUCCGCAUCUGCCGAAGCCACAGGCGACGACCCAGACGUGACGUUCAAGAAAGAAUGCGCUCUUGACGAGGGCGAGGAAGUAAUACUCCUCGAGGUUCUCCAUGAGGCAGUUAAACACUGCCUGACCCAAGCACUCGAGCCAACCAUCAAAGGCGGAAAAGCCGCACCGUUAUCCGCCAAAGCCCGACAACAGCAGACAAAAGAAAUCCAAGAAACCGCCGCCCUUCAUCUCGCACAACUGAUUCCUCGCCUACUCAAAAAGUUUGGCCCAGCCCCCGACGCGGCCUCGGCCGUUCUCCGUCUGGAACACCUCCUCAACCUCGAGGUUUUCCAGGAACUUCGACAAGACUCUACCACGUACUCUGCUCUCCUCGACGACAUUAAUCGCCAGUUCCUUUCACACGCCGACCCCAACGUUCUCGUCGAGGCCAGCGCCGCACUCCUUCACGCCAAGAGUUACGAAGAACUCGAAGAAGUCACAGAGGGUAAAGUCCAGCUGCUCUGGGAAGAUACCGUCGGCACGCUCCACAACCUGGCAAAAGGCGGGAACCUUGGCGUCAGGGGCAACUUCACCACCAGCUCACUGAAAGAACUCUGCAACAAUGUCCGCCGGAUAAGUAACCUCGCAAGCAUAUCAGACUGUGUCGAACCACUCGAAACCGUACCAGCACUUUCCACGAAUGAGAGAAACUCCAGCAAGCGCAGCUCAGCAUCCCGCACGCCGACAGACGCAUCAAAAAUUCUCCUCAACAUUCUUUCCCGCGGCAAAGAAUCCACAGACACGUUAUCCGCCUCAUCUGCGCAGAAAAAGGCAGAACUGGAAACGGAACAGGUCCUCGAAGACUCUCUCGUCGAGAGUGCUCUGAAAUCGCUCAUGUUCUACUUUAUGUGGAAAACACGAUCAUUCCAAGCUGCCGCCUCGUCAGGCAAAGACAUAUCAAGCGCAGACAUUGAUACGUUACAAGACCGCCGCGCAGCCUUUGCCCGGGGCCUUCUUUCCAUUCUUCGCCGCAAGUCCGCACCAGGGUCAAGUCGCCUCGGGGGUGGCGUCAGCGGAAUCGACGACCUCCGACUCGCUGCCGCCGGGACAUUGCUUGAUCUUUAUACCCUCUUCGCCGCAACGUUUCGGCAACUUGUCGAGUCUUCUCGCACCCACCCCCGGACUCGCAACGACGAGCAAAACCACAAUCUCCCAGAAGAAGAAGAAGAAGAAGACGAAGGCGAGAAUCAAUACAUUUCUUCUCUCGCCGCCCUCAUCCAAGAAAUCCCGUCAGACACACAGAAAAUCCUCACGUCCCUCUUCACGUCUACUGAACGAGUAUAUUCACAGAAAGCCAAUCGCACGCGCGAAGUCGGCGACGAAGACGACCCCAUCGAUUCCGAAGAUGACGACGAUGCAGACCUUGAAGAUGACGAUGACGAGGACGAGGAUGAUGACGAGGUAGACGCAGACGCGACAGAGGAAGAAGUCCAGGCACGACGCGCACAACGAAAACUCGUCGUCGCUUUGUCCGCGGAACAAAAGCUCUGCGAACUCACGGGCAAACUCGUCCUUGCUAUUCUCGCAAAAGUGCUCGAUCAUCAUGAUGAUCACGGCAGUAAGCUCAGAACGAGAAUCCUCAGGAAUAGAAAUCGUCUAGGUCAGAAUUUCAAGGAAGUCGUCGCUUAUCUGGAUGAAAGUGCGGCUACGACGCGAAGAACUGCUGGUGCUGGUGCUGGAGCUGGCGGCGCCAGUGCGGCCGGACCUCCUUCCAAGGCCGCCAAGGCAUCGUCAGCAUCAGCAUCAGCCGCGAAUAAGCGACGACCUUCUGCAUCAACGAGUGCUGGAGCAAAAGCUGGGCAUGGGCAUAAGUCAAAAGAAUAUGUCCUGGAUGAUGAUGAUGAUGAGGACGACGACGAGGUUGAUGACAAUGAAGCUGAAGAAGAGGAAGAGGACGAUGCUGUUCAUGAUGAGCAUGACGAAGAUGAAGAAGGUGAUACAGCAGCAGCAGCAGCAGCAGCAGCCGCGAAAGACGACGACGGAGACGAUAUCCUAGGCGAUUGA